UUUACAAGGUCAGUAAUGUAACAUUCAACAAAGGGGCAAUUAUGAACGCCGCUUUUUUGACGGUGUAUCGUAGUUACGGCUUACGCGGUGAUAAUGACUGGGAUAGGGGACUGUAUGGAUGCUACGUCUUCCAUGACGUAGAUAUGUUGCCUGAAGAUGACAGGAAUAUGUACAGUUGUCCUGAGUAUCCAAGGCAUUUGUCUGUGGCUGUGAAUGAGUUUAAAUACCAGUAAGUACAUCGCAAAACAGUAAUUACAUAUUUCCAUUUUUCGAGUUGAUCUAUAUACAUAUUGGUAAUGAAUUUAGUAAUGAAUAACUUAUCACUUGGUGAUGACUGGUAAUGUUUACAUAAUACCUACAAGAUAUCGUGGUUUCGGACUAUGUAUAUUAAAUUCGAUAUUAUUUUCUUACAGAUUACCUUACCACCAAUUGGUAGGCGGUGUAUUCAGCAUAAGACCUGAACAUUUUUUUCUGGUCAACGGAUAUUCUAAUCUAUUCUGGGGCUGGGGUGGCGAGGAUGACGACAUGGGAUAUAGGUUUGCAAUGGCUGGCCCUUUAAAAAUUGAAUAAAUUAUUAUAAUUAUUAUUUAACAUUAUUCGGCACAGAUUGGAACAGGUUGGGUUGCCAAUAACACGGCCACCGGAACAUCUCGGGCGAUACACAAUGGUCAAGCAUGUUAAGCGGAAACCGCUUGCCCAUGCUGUACGAUUAAAGCUUGUGUACACCAGUCAAAAACGCUUCCGAUCUGAUGGGCUAAACACACUUAAAUAUGAAGUGUUCCGGAUUGACACGGAAAAACUUUAUACCAGGAUUCUGGUGGAUGUCGGCGAUAUGCCGGAUUACGUACGGUCAUUUGAAGUCAAACGGACUAAUGCUGCUUCUCCGUUCAAGAGAAAAUGGACGUAAUAAUUUGUUAUGAUAUGAUAAUAUUUUUUGCUAAAUGUUUAGAUGGUAUUUUCCAUAAUAUUAUAUUUUUCUAUAGUGUCUUACUCGUUAAAUUUACUUCCAAUAUUAUUAUACCAAUUUCAAUUUUCUUCCUAUAUAUUAUUUAGUUUUUAAAAUCUAAUCAUUGUGAUUUGAACCUAUAGUGUUUAAACAAUGUGUAUAAAAAUUAUAUUAUUUUUAAUAUAUUAACAUGUUCGAUUGUGUAAUUUUAACAGAUUACUCAAUUAUUUUUGUACUUACCUAUAUUUACAGUUUACAAAUUAACAGUACUCCAGAGUAUUUUUUAGAAUAAUAGUUUAUUAUAUAAUUUAAUCUCUUAACAAAAAUGAAGACUCAAUAUAUGUAUUUUAAAAAUUGUAUUUUUAUAUGCCGGUAAUUGUUCAUCUUAAUACACAUUUCUUAGCUCCAAAUAUUACAAUUAUUCAAAUGUGAGUAAUCUAAUAUUUUAAUAAUUGUGUUCAAUACAGUCUAUGUAAAUAAGUACUCAAAAGUAAAAAUAUUAACUUGCUUGACAAAAUAAAAUGAAGUAGUAAGUAGUAAAAUAAAUACAAAUUAAAUAACAUUAAAAUCACAAAUAAAAUAAAAUAAAUAUUCCAAUUUCAAUUAUUUACAAUUUAUGCAUUAUAAUUAUAAACAUUAAAUAUACAUGAAGUCAUGUUUAAAUACAUUAGGAACUAAAUAUAAUAGCUUAAACAUUUUAUUAAAAUAAUGAUAAACAAAACUUUUAGAUUUAUAUAUUUGUAUAUGUUACAAUUGGGCAAUUUAAAAUAUAAAUAGAUAAAUUAAAAAUAAUAAUACUAAUAUUACUAAAAGAAUUGAAAAACAUUAAAUCAAUGCAAAGUAAGUAGUACCUUUAAAAUAUUUAUGAAUAAUUCUGUACAGUAAUAGAAAGGGUUCGAAUGAAAUCAUUGUUUAAAGAUUUUAAACAGAAUAUUAACUAAAUAAAUGAAAUGAUUUUGACAGGCUCAAUAAAUAAAUGCACACAUUUUAGUUUAAUUAAACUUUAAAAACGUUUUUAAGGAACUGAUGAAUAGAUAAACAACCAACAGUUUCACAACUUAAAGUGAUUGAUAUAAAUGGUGAAGCUGGAGCUCAGUUAAGGAGGGGGGGCAGUUUAAAACUUAUAUUUUAUUACUGAUAAACAAUAGCUAUGGUUAAAACAUAGCCACUAAAAAAUGCCAAGGGGGUGAUCCACUCAACGUCCCCUCACAGCUAUGCCACUGAUUGAGCUGUUAGUUAAACAGUAGCAUGACAAAUAAAUAACAAAGGUAAGGUGUAUUCAACAACAUAAACUACUAUAAAAUUAAAGUACAACAAUAGUUUAAAGAUGAAAUAAAUUUUGCAGUAUGAACAUUUUUGUGGAAAUUAUAAUGAAAUGUUAAGAUCUAAAAUGUUCUUUAAGCUACAUCUUUAAUUUGCAUUUGUAAUGAUAUUUAUACCAGUUUAGAUUUUACAAAAAAAUAUGAAUGCUACUGGUAUUAAGUAUUAUAUAAGCCAAAAUAACAACUAAAGGUAAUCCAUCUUUCUUUCUUUUUUUUUUUUAAAUAAUUGGCUUUAAAUUAAUAGUUUCUAUUUUCUAUAAGUAAUAUUAUAAUUACAAUUAGUUGAAGUCGGAUGUAUAACGGCCUAAUACAAUUGUUUUAAGCAUAUGUCCAACUUCACUUGGAUCAUGCAAUGCUUCAGCCAACAUUUUUUCCACAUUUCUCAUGAUAACCAUUUUUUGAUAAUCUUGCAGAGGGUAUUCGAUUUUUUCAACAGAACCCGCCUAAACAAAUUUAAAAUUAUUAGUGUUGGUUCUGCACAAUAUAACUCAGAUUAUGUGAUUUACUUUGAACCAAAAGUUAAUAGAAACUGUAUAACUUCCUUCCAUUAGUGAUUCAACAUGGUGGAACCAAUACAUAGGUAUAUACAAUACAUCUUCAGGCUCGACAACGACUUCAUAGCCACACGCAUCUUUAAAUUUUGGAAAUUUUGUAUAAUCUGGAUUAUCAAAAUCCACCUAAAAAUUAUAACUAAGUCAGUAGUUAUUUAUAUUAUUUUUCAAUGAAAUUUUAUGUUACUUGACUUUGUCUAUCAUAAGGAUGAUGAACCGGGUGUGGAUACAAACAUUCAAACUGACUGGGUGGAAAUAAAAUGAAUCUUUUAUAACCUCGAAUGCAAGCAAACAUAUUUUGUUGUUCAUCAUAAUGACAUGGAGUAACGUUACCUAUAACAUACCAAAACAGUAAUCUAAAUAAUUAAAACGUUUAAAUUGUAUACUGUAGUACCUAUUUAAAUUUAAUCAUUAAGUUUUUUUUUUUUACAUUAUUAUAAUUUGAUUAAAGAUUUAUCUUGAAACAUGAUUUUUAAAUUCCAAUCUGUACAUGUGAGUUCAAUGCUCACAGUUUUGGACUUUCGACUAUACAAAUUGAAAUAUUUUUUUUAUUAAUUUUAGUUUUACAGGUAAAACAGAAAAAAGCAAAUAAUAUAUUUGUUGUUGAAAAUUACACACUGAUAUAACUAUAGUCUAUAAUUUAAUUAAUUUUUUUCCUUGUAACCAAUUGAACCAAAAUUGAAUUCAUGUCUAUACAUCAUAAAUUAAGUGUAGGAAAAAAAAAUGAAAUGGACAAAUCUUGAUGAAUCAAUAGAUACAACUCUAAAUCUGUCAGUUUUUGAGAACUUUACUUAAACUAAAAAAGGUAUUUUUUUUUUUUUAAAUAUUAGUAUACAUAUACUAAUUGUUUUAUGUUUAAACUUUAAAGUAUAUACUCCUAUAAUUUUUUAUUUAAAAUAUACCUUCUUGUGCUAUUAAAAGAAGAUUAGAUGUCAGGGUACCCCAUUUGCAUAAUUUUUGUUUCGACAUAAUCCAAUCCCAAUCAAACAUGACAAAAUCUCUAACAAUACGUUGCCCAAUUGAAUUGUUCAAUACUUGUUGCAAGUACAAUCUGAAAAAUAUAAUAUUCUUUUAAUACUGCAUUUUCACUGACUAAAAGAAUAAUUUUAUAUUAAUAAUUAUGAAUUUGAACUAGUGUAUAUUUGUUGACUUCUUAUAUAAACACACACAAAAUUGUUAAUAAUACAAUCAUUUAAUUUAUUUUUUUAUUUUUGAAGCUUCUAAAUGAAUAGUUUUCAUUCUUCAAGAAAAUAAUAUGAAAGCUAAAAUAAAAUAUUCUGUGUACAGAGUAUUGGUAAACAAUGGCAAAUCCUUAUCACAGAAAAUAUAUUAUACAAGUAAAUGUAUAAUACAUAAACAAAUGAUUAAAUAGAAAACAAAUAAAAUAAUGAUCUUUAAAUUUCUUUUGACAAUUUUAGAAUUGGAGGGGAGAGAGGAAUGUAUUGUUUUUUUUUUUUUUUUAUUAUUUGUGAAUAAAUUUUCUACCAUAAAUCUCUCUGAUAUUCAAAUGUAGUACCUUUUCUGAAAGGAAAUUUUUUCUAAGCGGUACUUUAAAAAGGCCAUUUUUUGAUUUUCUGAGGUUUUUCUUAUAAUAUGGAAAAAAUAUAUGUAUACAUAUAAAAGAAAUUUUGCUCCGAAUUGAUUUUUAUUAGCAAUGGUUUAGCGCUGCGUACAUAUAUAAAUUAAAUUACCCUCUUUAUCCUACCUUCCCAACUUUUCACCAACAAUAGUGGUUCACCCAUCAGUUGAAGUAUGUUAGUCUUUUUACAUUGAAAAUUAAACUAAAUUAUUAUAAUAUAAUAAGUAUACAAUAACAAAGAAGUACAAUGUACCUAUUAUUUAUUAUAAUUUUACUUAAGGUCAUUUUAUAGAUUUAAUAAUAACGUAAGAAAAAUAACUACAUAUCUAACUAUAGAAAUUAAGUAAAAUACCAUUAUUUAACAAUGUAGAGAAAGAUGAUAAUAACAAAAUAAUAUAUCAAACAAGAAAAUUAAAGACUUAUAACUAUAUCAAGAUCAAAAUGUGACAUUAAGUAAAUCUACAUAAAUAAAAGUCUUAAAAUCUUAAGUAAAUAAAAAAAUUAUAUUAAAAAAACUCUUAUAGAUAAUUACGUUGAAGAAAAGAAAAUCUUUGAUGGGAUAUAUAUAAAAGAUAUUCAUGAAAAUGAUAUUAUAUAUGCAUAUUUAUAAUGAAAAAGUACGAAUACAAUACAUUUCAUCAUAGGCACAUAUUUUUUGACAGUAAAACAAAUUGCAUAAUUUUAGUAUAAAUACUUGAAAAAAUUAAUUAUUUCAAAUAACAAGAAGUUAUUUAUGAGUGAAAUAAAAAAAUAUGCGGUAGUUGUGUAAGUAUAUUAAUAUGGGGUUUAACUAUAUAAUAAGUUAAGUAUUAAUUCUUCAAACUAAUAAUAGUAUACAGAAAUAUGGUCAACAACUAAGUAUUUAAACAAUAAUGAAUCAAACUGAUUACAAACGUUGAAUUUGAUGAACAUUAUUGGAAAAUUAAUUACUAAAUAAUAAACUAUGCAUAGUCUUUAAAUUGCAUUACAUAUAAUAUGCAACAGUAUAUUCUGAUGUAUAUUACAGCACUAUGGGUAUUUUCAUAGAAUAGUUUUAGUCCCAGGUUUAUAUUAUGGCUGCUAUGUGGUGAACACAUAUUAGAAUACGUACAUAUAUAACAGCAGUAAUGAUACAGAACAGUUAUUGGUACCAAUAUAACUAUAGUUUACUUAUCAUAGACAUACACAAUUUAGUAAAGUUAAAAUAAUAGAUUUUUAACAAAUAUUUAGAUGGUUUAAAUUUAUUUAUAUAUUUUAGAAUUAUUAAGAAUUUGGUAAUGUACUGUGCUAAAAUAACAAAACUGUGCAUAAUUGGCAUUAAAACAAAUUGAUAUUGUUUUUAAAUUAUAACAAACACUAUUAAAAGUAAAAAGUUCAUAAAAUAAUUGUAUGUACUGUGAUUACAACUAUUUAUUUCUAAACUUAAUGGUCACUGGUAGUUUUUAUUUUUAAUAAUAUUUUAAUGUUAAUGAGAAGUAUAUAAUAUAGAUUAAUUUUAAAUAAAACAUCAAAAUUAAGAUUGACCAUGUUGCAUGAUGGUAGGUAUACGCAAAUAUAGAAUUUCACUUAAAAGCAAAAAGAUAUGUACUAUAUUAAUAUGUAAUAUAUUAAUAUUAAUUGGUACAAUUUUCAAUUAUUACAGCAAACUAUCUAUGGCAUGGUUACUAUGUCCAUUGAAUUGGUUCCAGUUAUAAAUAGUUAUGUAACACAUUUUUAAGCUUGGAUAGCUUGUCUAUACCCUGGAUUUUUACUGAAACCCGUUACAUUAAUAUCUAAAUAUUUGAAAUCAAUAAGUAAAUAUAUACAAAAUAUUAUUAAAAAUAUACUUUAGGAUGCUUGAUUAUUUAACAACAAAUUAUACAAAAGGAAUAAAAUAUAAAGUACUUAAUUAAAUUAAAUAAAAUUGUAAUAGGUACAAUAAAUAAUAUAAUAAUAUAACAAUGAAAUAAUAACAUAAAUCUAACUUGAAUUUUUAAUUUUAAAAUAUUAGUAGAUAUUUAUAUUAAUUCAUUUUGUAAUUAUAAUUUGUCAAUCCAUGUUCUUAUAAAAUAUGUACAUACAUAAGAUUAGGUGUAUAAUAUGUAACCAUACAAUUUUUCAAAUGAGAAUGCACUAGGCGGCAGACAAAAAAAGGUCAAAACUCGCACAUGUGUGUCCCAUUUCCCGCAGUUUCAGCCGCCGUUGAUUGUAACACCAAUUAUACGGAGUGAGCUGUAUUAACACAACAUUUAACGGUUGUUCGUACGCGUCAAUGAUUACAUAUUAAUGUAUAGAAAAAAAAUGUUUUGUAGUGUGACCAGUAUGAUAUAGUAGAUAAUAAGUUGUCAAUAAAUGAAUUAAAUCUCUGUAUGCACAGCAGCAGUGACGAUAAUAACUAACCGAUUAUAAAACAAAUACUCAUUCUGUGAAAGUGGCAUGUUGUUCCGCUGCUGAUAGCAAUGAGCAAAGGGGGGCAUUCUCAUUUGAAAAAUAGUAUAAUUAUUAUUUACAAACAUGAUAAUGUAGUCAAGAAAUAUUUAAAAUGUUUUUAAAUAAUAUGCCUAAUUAAAUAUUAUAUUAUUAUAAAUUUCCAAUGGGUUUAUUAUAAAUGAUUAGGUUAAAAUCAUAUUUUUAAUAAAUAGUAUUACUUAAUUUUAAUUUUCUUCUCCUUCGCCUUCAUCCCAGCUAUUUAAGAGUUAGCUACCCUUGUCCUAAACCUCUACUUAAACCAAUCACUCACAUCGUCCUAGCAUACACCCAUUGUUCUCAUAUUAUUCUUAAUUGUAUCCAAUUACCUAUUUUUUAGUUUUCAUUUCCCCCUACAUUUAUUUUAAUUACAAUUCCUAAUGCUUCUAAUUCCUUUCUCCUCUUAAAAUACCCAAAUCAUAUCAGUCUAUUUCCUCUCAUUUUGUCUACUGUUGAAGUCACAUCUAAGCUAUUUAUGUACUCAUUGCUUAUCUUAUCCACACAUCCACCUAAGUAAUCUCUCACACUCAUUCUCUAUUCUAUUUUUCAAUGUGUCCCCCAACACUCCAACAAUGCACAGUAUAUUCAGUCUCAUCACACUUCUGUAGAACUUAACUUUAAUUCUCGUUGAAAUUCUCUUGUCACAUAAAACACCUCACAUUUAUCUUUACUUUCUCCAACCACAUUUAAUCUUAUAAUUCAAAUCCUUGUUUAAGUCACUGUUGUUUAGUACAAAAAGUCCUAGAUAUUUAAAACCCUCAAUCUCACUAUUACAUCACCACUUAUUGUUAUUAGUUCCCUUAUCCUGAUCUUCCAAAUGUAUACAUUAUAUACUUCUACUUAUACUUAGUCCUUUUUCUUCAAGUGCCACUUUUUAUUCCUCAAGCCUAUCUCAUUAAUGCGCCCACAUCAGAAUCUCUCUCGGCACUCUGCCAUAAGCCUUCUCAAAAUCUAUAAUAAUACCUAGACAUAUAUUUUUCUUCUCUCUGUACUUUUCUACAAUAGGUCUCACAUAAAACAACAGUUGCAUAGUUAAUUUUCCUGGCAUAAAACCAAAUUAGUUCUUGGAUAUUGAUUUUUCAAUUUAAUUCUCUUUUCUAUAAUUCUUUCCCAAAUUUUCAUACUAUGACUCAUAAAUUGUAUUCUAUAAUUUCUCCAGUCUUGUAUAUCUCCCUUUCCCUUAAAUAUAGAUAUUACAAAACUAUUGUGCCACUUGUCUGACAUUUUCCCUUCUACUAACAAUUUAUUGAAAACAAUCUUUACCUUUCAAACCUAUCAGACUUCCAUUUCACAAAACACUUCUCUCUAAUGCCUCGCUAUUAAAUAAUUAUUUUAAUUAUUGUUAUUUUAGAAUUCUCUUUUUGUAUAUACAUAAUAGGUAUACAAAUAAAUAAAUAUAUAAAAAUGAGUACCAUUGGGGUAGUUAUUAUUAAAUAUUUCUUUUUUUACCAACCUUAUACUUUAUAAUUCAAAUACUUAAUAUAAAAUAUAUAAAUCACUGACCAGCUGUAUGAUACUAAAAUUUGUGACUGACAACAAAAAGAACUUUGGGCUAAUUUCUAAAUUUAUUGAAUAAUUAUGAAUUUAUAUUUAAUUGUAGAUGAGUAAUAUUAUUAUUAAUGGACCAAAUGAAGACAAUUUGCUAAAAAUUUAGAUACAAUUAGCGAAGAAUUUUUUAAUUUAUUAGUAAAAUAUUACAUUAUAUUCUAAUUAUUAAUUUGUUAAUAUCUUAUAUUAAUAAUUCAGACUCAAGACCUAAAAUAUCCUUGCAUUUAAAAAUUGUAUAGCUGUUUAUUACUGUUUAACAGGGUUUAUGAAGUUAAUUAUAACUUAAAUUUAUUUAUUUUUUUUAAUUUUAAUUUGUAAUUCUAUUUUUAUGUCUAGAAUUUUAAAUAAAUAUUGGAGGUAUAUUAAAACAAAAGAAAUAUGUACAUUUAAUUUGAAUGAAUUGAUACAGUAUAAUUAAUUUUAGGGAAACAGUUUUUAUAAUAUUGAUUAAUUUACAUAUUUGGAUAAAAAAUAUUUUAUUAAUAACAGUUUAAUUAAUCAAACGCACACGAUGUAGUCUAAUAUAAAUCUCAAAAUCCCAAAUCAUGCCUAAAUCAAAAAACAACUUUACAAUAGGAAAUUAUUUUAAAAAACAAAGAAAAUAAUUUGAUGAUGAAGGUCAAAUGUCUGAUAAAUUUGUAUUACCAAAGAAUAAUUUAGAAAAUAUCAAACAACCACAAAGUUUUUUUUAAAUUAGUGGAAUUUGUAUCAAAAAAUCAAAACAUAAUGUUUUUAAAAAUUAAAUUUAUACAAGUAUUUGUUACACAAAUUAUUUUUACAUAAAUAAAUAUGUUGUAUAUAAAUUUAUCAAUUAUUAUUGAUGUGGUUACGUUUGGAAAAAAUAUGAUGAAUAAAGUCAAUAAAGCAAUUGAAUUUUAAUUCAAAAUUAUUAAUGUACAAAUCCGAUUUUAAUAAAAUGAAUAAUUGAAAAUCAUAAAAAAUAUGCCUGAAGAACCUAUUAAUUUUUUGAUUUACCAUUAACGUUUAAAAAUAAAAUAACAAAAUUGUGUUAUUUUUUUCAUUUAUACUUACUUCUUCAAAUUAAAUUUUAGGCAGAAUAUAUUUACAACCAAAAUAUGUACAAUCCAUGUGUUUCUUCACCAUCGUAUAAAAACCCAAAAGUAGCUAACAGCCUCAACAAACACCUGUUAUGAUUUACAAAGUAUCAUUAUACGUGUGUAUGUUUGUAAUAUAUUUGUUAUUAUUUUAUUAUUCCCUAUACAAUUAAUAAGCAUUUUAAUAAUAUCAAGAAAGUGUUAAUUAUUUUGUUAGUAGUAAACAUAAAUUUUCUUUUAGUUUAAAUAACUCCACGUCUUAAAAAUGAUAAGAUUUAUAAAUUGAUUGAUAUUUUACAAUUACUAAUAUACUUUCUAUUAUAUUUAAGCUACUUUUAAAAAUACAAGUUGUCAUUGAAAUGAUAAUAUUAUUACCUGGAAUCUCCCUUUUUCCAAUUCGUUAUUUUUUCGGCAAACUCUGAAAACGUCAUGGGACUAGGUCGACUAAUUGGUUUGAAUGUCAUAUUUGGAGUAAUUUUCUUUUGAUCAUAAUAUUUGAAUUCAUGAUUUUUGGAUAUCAUAACAUUGCAGCACACUGAACUCAUAUGCUGCUUCAAAUAAUCUAAAUCCCAGUUCACCACACGAGAAACUAAUUUGGACCCUCUAAUAAGUACUGGCUUCUAAAUAAUUUACAAUAGAAAAAAUAAAUCUUAUUUUUUGUAACACAAUACAUUCAAAAUUUAAAAAAAAAUCAUUAUUAUUUUUAAUAGUUCAACUCGUUUAAAUUAAACAAAUUUGAUUCAACAGUUUUUAGAAUAUUGUCUACAAUCAGUUGAAAUUGAUAAAAAGUGGUUAAUAUUAGAACGAAAAAAUUAUAUCUGAAAUAUUAUGAAAAAUUAGUUUAAAAAUAGUAGCAUAACACAAUGGAAUGAAAUUAUGUACUUAAUUGCUAUAUAUUAUUUAUACUACUAUGUAGUUAACAAAAGGCAAAAAGUUGUUGAACAAAUUAUAGUGAUGUGACUACUUACAUUACUACUGAGAAAAGAAUCCAAUUUUAUAUCAUCAUAUUGUAAAAUAGGUAUUUUUUCCAGUUUAAUGUUGUACUUUCUAAACUGACUUUCAGUCCACCCUGCCAUUAGGCUAAAUGUGUAAAUAACCAAAUAAUAGUAAAACAAAAUAUUAUUAUCGUACUUAGGAAUAAAAUAACAUUUCAAAAUCAACACACAAUUAAGUAGUUUACAAUUUAAACAAUUAUUUUAAAACAUUGGUCAGUGGUCUACGUGCAAAAAAUCACACAGUCACGACGGGCAAAUUACAUAAACUAGACAUGAAAACAUAAACAUUUUGUUUACUAAAAGUGCC